GCAAUGUGGAAGGGAAGAAAAUCAAGACUGGCUUCUCAGACAAGUGACUUCAAUGGCACGGAUCAUGAAGAAGACUCCCCCCAUCUUAUUUAAACUCCUAUUCUCUAUCUUCCUCAAGCUUCUUUAUCAAAUCUCCAUCCAUCCUGUCUCCAACUUCAAAUCAAGUUCGUCCAUGGCUGAGAAAGAAGACAGCUUGGUUCUACCUCCGGGAUUCAGGUUUCACCCCACAGACGAAGAGAUAAUAACACACUAUCUCACUCCUAAGGUUCUCGAUCAUGGCUUCACUGCAAGGGUCAUGGGUGAGGCUGAUUUGAACAAGUGCGAGCCUUGGGAUCUUCCAGGCAAGGCAAAGAUGAUGGGGAAGAAAGAGUGGUUUUUCUUCUGUCAAAGAGAUAGGAAGUAUCCCACAGGGAUGAGAACGAAUAGGGCGACAGAUUCAGGAUACUGGAAAGCUACGGGUAAAGAUAAGGAGAUUUACAGAGGAAGAGGUGUUCUCGUUGGGAUGAAGAAGACUCUUGUGUUUUACAGAGGGAGAGCACCCAAAGGAGAGAAGACAAAUUGGGUCAUGCAUGAGUACAGGCUCGAAGGCAAAGUCUCUCUCUCCAAUCUCCCAAAGACGGCAAAGGAGGAAUGGGUUGUGUGUAGGGUGUUCGACAAGAACGCUGGAUUAAAGAAAAGCCCAAUGCAUGGAGGUGGAACCCUUAGGGUUAACUCAUUCACAGAUGACUUACUAGAUUCUCCAAAGCUUCCACCACUCAUGGAUUCUACCUUCAUCAACUCCGGCUACGGAGAUCACAGCUUCUUCUUCAAAACAUCACCUUUUACCCCGGGCUUGACACCUAGGCCUUCCUACUUCCUCUCCGGCGCAACCGGCGGCGCCGUCGACUAUGUCGAUCCCUCAUUCUAUUCGAGCUCAAGUUAUAUGAUGAAUGAUCCUUCUUCCAGCUCAAGCUACUUGCAACAGAUUCAUGAUACGCAUGAUCAGAAUCCAUACCUCUCCAUGCUCGGAGAUAUGGAUGACUAUUUAGACCAGGUGCCGCAAGCUAUGAUUCAGUCAUCGCCGACACCUCCGGCGAUUCGGAGGUAUUGUAAGAUGGAGCAGUUGUCCAACCAGUCCAUGCUCAGCCAGGAAACCGGCAUCAGCACCGAUCGUAACACCGAGAUCUCCUCCGUCUUAACGGCGCCCGCCGGGGAUUUGCUUGACUUGGAAAGCAUGUGGAGAUGCUGAAGAUUUUAUGGGAAUAAAAUUGAAUUAAGAUUGAUAUAUAUAAAUGAUUGGUUUGAUCAGUUAAUUGUUGGAAAUUGCAUGGUAUGUUGUUUGUGAUUGGGAGGGUGCGGAGUUUAAUUAAUUCUUAAUUUAUACAAUAGAUGAUAUUAAUUUUAUUGUGAAUAAAUGUAAAAUUUGGAUUAUAUAUAAUACAAUAUGAGAGCUGAUGUUGUUUGUGAAGAACGAUGUGUAAUUGUAACUGUUUCUUUUUUUGAUUC